AUGAAGUUGUCUCCCUGGAGCGACCGUCUCCGUAGCCGCUCCGCUGGUGCGUCGCCGCUGCCCUCUCGUUAUCUUCUCCCUCUCUCCCCACAGCAGCUGCGUGAGUGGUACGUUAGCCGUCAGGGUCGAGCUGCUGGAGCUGGGGGCCCUGCUGCGGGAGGCGCUGGUGUUGGAGGCACUGGAGCCGGCGCUAUUCCUAGGGGUGCGGAGCCUGGGGGUGCAGAGCCUGAGCGUGAGGAGCCUAGGAGUGCUGAGUCUGGGGGUGCUGAGCCUGUGCGUGAGGAGCCUGGGGGUGCUGAGUCUGGGGGUGCGGCGCCUCAGGGUACUGAGACUGCUGGUGUGCGGUCUCCUUGGAGUGGCCGCCUUCGUCCGCGUGUGCCUCUCACCUUGCAGCAGCUGCACGACUGGUACGGUCGCCGUCAGGUUCGCGCUGCUGGAGCUCGGGGCUCUGCCGCUGGAGGUGCUUCUGCUGACGCCACUGGAGCUGGGAGUGGUGCUGGUACUUUGUCUGCUGGAGGUGCUGGAGUUGCUGGUCCCGGAGGUGCUCGUACUGGCAGUACUGGAGCUGCUGGGACUGGAGGUGCUGUGUCUGGGGGUGCUGCUGCUGGAGACACUGAGGCUGGAGACCCUGGGACUGGAGUCACCGGUUCUGGGGGUGCUGCUGCUGGAGACGCUGCAGCUAGAGACCCUGGGACUGGAGGUGCCGGUUCUGGGGGUGCUGCUGCUGGUGGAGCUGGUCAUGGAGGAGCUGGCACUGGAGGUGCUGGAGCUGCUGGAGGCGCUGGAGCUGCUGGUACUGGUGGCACGGCGCAGCCGAGACUGUUCUUCGCUCCGCCGUCUCCGUCGUCUCCGCCACCGCCUGACUCUGUGCUUCGCCAGGUUCUUAGCCUCCCGUCUUCUACUGGUCUUCCGUUACAGCCUGACUCCCCGCUGCCUGCUCCUUCUCCUUACACCGAGCAGCCAGGGGGUCUUGCUGAGCGUCGUGAGCCUGCGUCGCGUCCUGUCUCGCCUCGUGUUCCUCUGCCGUCUCCUCCUGCGUCCUCUCUACCUGACGUUCCGGACCCUGAGUCUGACCGGUUUUGUGCUGAGCACCCUACUGUCAUGCGUCUGUUAGCCACUGUUGUCACCGACCCGUCGUUUGAGUCUGCUGCUGCGUCUGCCUUGGUCGCUGAGCUUGUGGACUUUGCUGCUGCCUGUCAUCUAGACUACGCUGCUAGUCUUGUUGCUGAGUCUGCGUCUAUCUGUCCUCCGUCCGUCGGGGGUGAGUGUGCUCUUGGCACGGACGUCCUUGAGGACAGACAGGAGGACCUUGAGUGUCUUGCGGCCGCAGAGCCUCAUCUCGUGGCCAUGCUACUUGCCCCUGAGGGAGACCCGGAUGCACCAGACAUCCCUACCCCGCGCUUCUACGCUGAGGCGAUCGCGGGUCCCUACUCCUCUCAGUGGCAGACAGCCAUGGACGCAGAGAUGGCAUCCUGGAAGUCCACAGGCACUUACGUCGACGAGGUUCCCCCCCCCGGGGCGAACAUUGUCGAUGGCAUGUGGAUUUUCAGGGUGAAGCGGCUGCCGGGUUCUCCGCCUGUCUUCAAGGCUCGUUACGUUGCACGAGGCUUUAGUCAGCGAGAGGGAGUUGACUUCUUCCUGACCUUCUCCCCCACCCCGAAGAUGACUACUCUUCGGGUGCUGCUGCACGUUGCCGCCCAGCGUGACUACGAGCUUCACUCUCUGGACUUUAGCACAGCCUUCUUACAGGGUAGCCUGCACGAGGAGAUCUGGCUGCGCCGCCCACCUGGCUUCACUGGGACGUUCCCUCCUGGUACCCAGUGGAGCCUCCGGCGGCCAGUCUACGGUCUCCGCCAAGCGCCACGUGAGUGGCACGACACACUGAGGACGACGCUUGCGGCACUUGGGUUUGCUCCUUCGACAGCUGACCCGUCGCUGUUUCUGCGCACCGACACUUCGCUGCCGACGUUCUACAUCCUCGUGUACGUCGACGACUUGGUCUUUGCCACUGCUGACACUGAGGCUCUUGCCCUGGUGAAGUCGGAGCUGCAGAAGAGACACACAUGCACAGACCUGGGUGAGCUGCGCAGUUACCUUGGCUUGCAGAUCACCCGGGACCGAGCACGCCGCACCAUCACACUGACUCAGUCACACAUGGUGCAGCAGGUCCUUCAGCGCUUCGGCUUCACCUGGUCCUCGCCACAGUCCACUCCUCUGGCUACAGGUCACUUGCUCUCAGCUCCACCUUCGGACGAGUCCGUAGAGCCGAGUGGUCCUUACCCAGAGCUAGUGGGUUGCCUCAUGUACCUGAUGACCUGCACUCGUCCUGACCUUGCGUACCCUCUUGGCCUUUUGGCUCGCUACGUGGCUCCUGGUCGGCACCGAAAGGUGCACAUGGAUGCUGCAAAGAGGGCUACGCAGCGGUCGUCACAGGGUUACACGUUCAGCCUUGGCUCUGGCUCUGUUUCUUGGCGUUCUACUCGCUCCUCUUCUGUUCUCGGCUCCAGUUGUGAGGCUGAGAUCUACGCCACAGCCAUGGCUGCACAGGAGUUACGCUGGCUUACCUACCUGCUGACUGACUUGGGAGAGAGGCCUCAUUCUCCUCCAGUUCUGUACGUCGACAACAAGGCCGCCAUUGCCUUGUGUGAGGAGCACAGAAUGGAGCACAGAACGAAGCACAUUGCUCUGCAUUCUAACAGUUGUGGCGCACGCGUUCUGGCUGGGGCGCGCGCUGUUGUGCCGGGGCGCGCGCGUUCUGGCUGGGGCGCGCGCUGCUGGCCGUGGCGUGCGCUACUGGCUGGGGCGCGCGCUGCUGACUGGGGUGCGUGCUACUGGCUGGGGCGCGCGCUACUGGCUGGGGUGAGCGCUACGGGCUGGGAUGAGCACUACUGGCUGGGGCGCGGGCUCUGGCCAGGGGCGGGCGUUCUGGCUAAGGCGCGCGCUGCUGGCUGGGGCGGGCGCUACUGGCUGGGGCGCGCGAUCCUGGUGGGGCGCCGGCUCUGGCUAGGGGCGAGCUAG